AUGCCUAUCUACAAAGGUGUUGACACCUCCCUCGUUAUCGACGGGGCGAAAGCCCAGGAGUACAACAAGAGUAUCAAUUACUUUACAUCCACCGUAACAACAUACAUCGUUGCUGAAGAAGGUAGCACAUAUACCAUUGAUUUCGGCAUCUCCAAACGUGAGAUGGGUGCCGAACGCCAUCACAUCCACAUUAUUGUUGAUGGUAAAACCGUAUUGAAGCAAACGUCGUUAUUGGAUGAAUACAAUGUGGACUCGGUGUUCUUUCAAGACCCGAAGAAGUCGGAUUGUGUUAGGAGGGCGAAGUUGAUUUUUGCGGGCCCCGCGGGGUGGAAGAUUGAUGGGAAAUCAGAUCAAAAGGCUACGCCUCAAAAGCUGGGAACCAUCGAAGUCCGAUUAACACGAGUAGAGCUAGAAACGAGCGAGCAUAUAUUUAGCGGAUGUCCAUUUAUCCCUAACUAUACGGAGAACAACGGCUCAUAUCAGACAGAAUAUGAUCUUGGAGAAACUUUACUUGAUCUGCCUCAAUGUGUCAAAACGAUAUCUAUCGAUACUAGGCGUCCUUGGGUUACUUUUAAGUUUAAAUAUGGGUCGAAAGAACUUAUUAAAGCAAAAAAUCCUUUCAGGGGGCUGGUUCCAUGUAGCCAGGGUUCUCCAGGUUCAGGAAACCCUUCGGAUCAAGCUACUGAAUCUCAGAUUAACGCAAAACUCCCUGAGUACGAGCUACCUCCGGAAUAUGAGGAAAUGAUCGCGGAAGAAGAUAGAUAG